AUGCUCGCUCAGCAAAGCCUCCGCCGGGCCGCGAUCUCCGCGCUGUGGUGCCACGCUCGCGCGCUCGCCACCACGAUCGCCGGUCCCUGCUCGUACGAGGUCGUGGUGAAGAAGUCCCGCUUCGUCGCGAGCGCGGCUCCGGUCAGCUCGGCCGAAGAGGCCCUCGCUUGGGUGCGGCGUGAGUCGGACGAGUCUGCGCGGCACAAUUGCUUCGCCUACACGCUGUCGGACGGCUACAGCCGAUCCAACAACGACGGUGAACCUGGAGGCACGGCAGGGCCGCCCAUCGCCGCAGCCAUCGCGGGCGCUGGCGUGGUCGAUGUGGCAGUGCUGGUGAGACGCUACAGACUGGACGGCGGCGCGAAGCUCGGGACCGGUGGCCUGGUCCGGGCGUACGGCGGCGCGGCGCAGGGCGUGCUCGAGGCGGCGGCGCGGACGCCUCUUGUUCGGCUCGCGGAGGAGGUGGCGCGCAGCAUAGAAGGAGCGACGCACGGGCGCGCGACGGCGCGGUGGGCCGGCUUCGACGGCGGCGGCGAGGAUUGCCGUGGCGGCGGCGGCGGCGGCGGCGGACCGACACCAAUGGCGGCUGUUGCUGCGGCUGCGGCUGCGCCUGCAGCUGCUCUCGAGCAGGCCGCGCCUCCCGAGUUGGGUCGCGUGGAUGGACUGCGUGAACUGGUGGACGGUUUGCCGAGGGAGGCGCAGGCGGCGGCGCUGCGGUGGUGCGACGCGCACGAGGCGGGUGCAGUCUCGCUCGUCGUGCUGGCGGAGCUCGACCAGGCGCUGGUCGGCUCGCUCCCCGAGGAGGCGGCGCAGGCGGUUGGAGAGCGGUUGUCCGUCCUGCGGCGGCAGCUCCUCGGUCCCACCUCUUGA